UACUGUGGGCGCUGUCGCAACCACCCAUACGACGACUUUGAAGAGAAAUUCAAAGGAAAAGAGCUUGCCAAUCUCGUCUAUACAAAUUAGUAUCUUGAACAUAGUUAAGGGUAUUUAUUCGUAAAGGAAUUCCAUUUCAGUCUAAUUAUUUGCCAUAUUUUGCAGAGCUGUUACAGAUUGAAUACAUGCGUAACCCGUGAGGGAGAAAAUAAAUCGUAUAUAUACAUGAAGAAAGUAGAACAAAAUACAAUGGAAAUUUUUGAAAAAAAAAAAAGGAAAGGAAAGGAAAAGGGAAAAGAACUACAUGGACGCCGACGCAAUGUAAUUACCAAUCCGAAGCUGUCUUGUUCUCGUAGUCCAAGUUCCAAGACUGCCAGAAUUGAUUGUGCCAGCCUACCUGGCAAAGGGUUUUCUCUGGAGGCGUCGUCUGCCACUCAAUCAGAUCAUCGUUGGGGUCUUUAUCGUUAAUAAGAUCCUCGGUAUAACCCCUAUCCUUCUUGAUUCUGCGUGCGUUCUCGAUCUUGUAAUCCAAGUUGAUUGUCGGAACGACAGCGAUUCGUCCAUAUCCUCGAAGCCAUAGGUCCUUGCCAAAGAGCUGGGGCUCUCCUUGAACGCAUUCAUUGCCGGCAAAUUUGCGGAAGCGAACACCCUCCAUGAGCGGAAGCGCUGAGAAUGCAGUCGCACCAUUCCAACAGGAAUAUACUUGGAAAGGCCGCCAUUCAGAGAAGCGCUUUCCAGUGACGGUAUCGUUGGGGAACAUGUGCCAUGCGUCAUCCCAGCUGCCAUCUUUUGGAAUGUGGAAAAACGAAUCGCCCUGCAUAGUUCGGGUGACCCAAACAUCGUAAAAUACCGGAUGUUUGCCAUCAUGGUAGUUCCAAUCCAUGGCACACGUUUGUACAGCGCCCAGCUUGAUGCGCUGCCACAUGAGUUCCAAAAUAUCGUUUGGGCAUAUGGCAACAUCGUUGAUGAAAACGGCCGUCGAAUUAGCAGAGAAGUGUUUGUGAUCUUGUAGUAAUGGCUUGAGUGCCAUGUUGCGCAGCUCUGCGAGAAUGUCAAUCCGAUCGGCUCCUUCGGCAUUAGGUGAGAGGUCAGAAGAUUCGAAGUAGUAUUGCAUGUUUUCUGCUUUGAGGCCCUCUCUCAUGGCUUCAAGAAUCUGCACAGUAGCAUCUUUGGAGUUUCCCUCGACGAUUGACAGGGCCGAGUUUUCGGUUCCUAGAUAUCUGGCAGCUCUGACAAUACUGCCCAUCAGCUGAGGGAGGAGCUCUUGCACCUGGUACAGGUUGAGAGCAAAGUACCAUGGUCGACGAUCAACCGCAUGCUUCCACUCUUUUAAUUCCUUGUAGCGGGUCUCGUUGAUCGGCCGGCAUGCCAGCCGAAGAUCUUCAAGCUUCGAUUCGGAAUUUUUGCGGUCGAAGAUAACAUCGAGGUAAGUGUCAAGAUCCUUCUUUGAUAGGAUUUCCACUAAAGGCCGGUUAGGAAAUUGUUCCGUCGCUGGUUGGGGGCGGGCCGCAACGGCCACGCGGGGAUGCAACGUCGCGAGACUGACCUUGUUUCGCGGGUUUCUCAGUGUUUUCGGCAGGCUUUUCCUUCUUGCUUUCGGGUUCGGAACUUUCUACUGUGUGCUUCGCAUCGCUCGUCUCAGUAGGGUUUUCCUUCGGCGAAGGGCUGGGGACCGGGGCAUUGGCCUUGGGGUGCGAAAAGGAGGGACCAGCAAGGCGUGUGAGCUUCUCGCCCGCCAGGUGAUAGGUGGUGGCCAGAAAGAAAAGCGCAACGGCCGAGAAGACCAAGCAGAGCAGUCGUCUAUGCAUGGUUGCAAAACAGCAGUAUGUCUGCGACCAGGGACUCUACUCGUACGAUGUUUAGAGAGAAUGACAGUUUGGAAAGAAAGGAGAGGGUGGCGUGUCGACAGAAGGCUGCCUUUUUUUCGGGGAAAUUUGUGAGCCAGCCGCCUUCGUAUUAGCUUAGUGCUAAGAGAAAAUAAAAAAGAACACGCUGACCUGGCCUGCUAGCGUGUUGUCAGCCAGCCCCAGCGUGGCCAUUUAGUGGGCGCAACGCUGUAAAUGAUCCCUAAUUUGCACGGUUACAGCGGUCGCUUGCUGAAAGCCUUGAACGGGUGACCCACUGUCUUUCGGUUGUGCAAAUCCGCCUUUGUUCGAAAGCGUCGCCCUAUGCGGCCGUGGCUGGCUCGCUAUUGGUCAGGCGCCGGGGCAGCCGGUCCCAGCGUCGCAGCGCCGCCAGCUGUCAUUGGGCCGUUCGUUGUCGCCAGCGGCUGAGGCGGACCCGAACCCCUUUUACGGAGCCCGUGGUUAUCGCUUUUGUCUCAAUUGACUGAUUUAGAAAUAUGGAUAGAAGUGCCAUGGGUUGCUUGAUGUGUGAAAGUGUUAGGUAGUGUUUAUUAUUAAUUGCCCAUGAUUUUAAAGAAGAAUAAAAUGGGUUGAAAAUAGCCCAAGAUAACGUCAAGUAUUAUUUUCACCCUUUGCAUGUGCCUUACCUGCCAAGCAUCAAUUUCUCUACUCUUUGCAGCCCUCGCUGCUGAAAUAAUACCAAAAAACAAAUUUCAUACGUUUCUGUAAACCGCAAUAUUUACCGAGUAUUUGUUAAAUGCGAGGUCGUUGCAUAAUCCACCAAAUUUCGUCGAGGAGCACGUAAUGACACCUUGGGUAUAUUAGCCAGCUCCUCCAGCUACAUCGCGUCAACCUUUUGCUUGCUUAUCGGCGACAGCUAUUGCCCAAUUAAAAAAAACACGCCAUAAUUAUCUUAAAGGCUAAGGAGCAGGGCACCGCCGCCUAGGCAGAGCCGUAUAAACCCGCCCAGAGCCAAGACUGUUAGUCAUUGUGUGGGGAAGACUUUUUGCCUCGUCGCGCUGAAAAGUUUUUUUGUAUCACGAAGCCAAAAUAUUUAGCAGGCAUGUAAUAAUAUAGCGGGCACAGAGCCUUGGUGACUCAAGCGUCUUCCUCACUGGCUUUACUGGUGGUAUGGGUGACCCGGCGGGGGCGGGUGGGCACUGGAGUAUUUUGCAAUCGCGAUCUGCCGGGGAGAGUGGAAGAGCCUCUCGUGUUAGUGCUGCCCGUACACCAGCCUGCCAGCUGGUGCCAGCUGGCAAUAGAUGCUGUUAUCCUGGCAACCAAGACACUACGAUCAAGAUAAAAUAAUCUACGCCAAUACAACUUCAUACCCUGCUGCUUCAGCCAAACCCCCUUUUGCAAUUGACGGUCGCGUGCGCCAUUUUCUGGCCGCAACGGGCCAUUGACUCUAGACCCAGGUCCACAGGGUGGCUUAGACCUUCUCGGCAAGCCAGCCGAGCAACCACCACCGCCCGAACGGUCCUGUACACCCAGUCCCAGCCUGCUCCUACACCCAAAACACCAAACCAAAAGGUUAGAUCGCUAUUAAGCUCUCGAUAUCAACGAAUCCUCCGCCUUCUGAAUGACGAAGAACAACUCCCCCAAGAACAACCAGGCUCCAGCAUCUGAGCCUGUAACAGCAACACUGGAAAACACACGAGCAUCCGGAUACGUCGCUCUGGCGGCAAGCGUACCAAGCAGAAUUGCAUCUGAGUUUGAACCUGCUUAGGAAGCCUUGAUUUGUUAAAUCUUUUACAAUGGCAUACCUGUUUUCUUCUCUCAAGGCCUACUGGUCGGAUCCGCGAAAGCUGACCAAGACCGCAAGUGGUAGCGACAAAUCUUCUCUGUUGUCCCGCAUUGCUUGGAUCUCCAAUUCAAACACCUCUGGCGUCAGUUCGUGGCUUACACCACCUGAAGGCGCCAACGGUCUUCCACCUGAUGAGGUUCUCCAGACUUUUGCCAGACUCCCUGUCAAUGCCGCGAUCGAACAUCUAGAUUCUUCUGAGACAGGUCUUUCAACAGCUGAAGCCGAGAAGCGUAUUGCGAUCAAGGGAUCCAAUACGAUGAAAUCUCAGAAGCCGCCAUCGCGUAUCAUUCUACUCCUCAAGGUCAUUCCCAAUCCGUUCAAUCUUCUGCUCAUGGUCCUUGCCAUCAUCAACGCGUCCAUUCCCCCACCUGACUGGAAAGGUUUCACAGUACUGAUGGUGAUGGUUGUCAUCUCCUGUAGUGUUCGCUUCUGGCAAGAAUACCGCAGUAGUGUUGCUGUUUUCCGGCUGCAAUCUUCGGUGACCACCAAUGUUCGAGUUCGACGCCAGGGUGAAAUCACUGUGGAGGGACGAACUCUCGUCCCUGGUGAUGUCAUCCUGUUGUCGCCUGGUGAUGUUGUCCCGGCCGACUGUUUGGUGAUUGAAUCCUCGUUUCUCCGCAUCACUCAAUCCCAAUGGACUGGUGAGAGUGACCCUGUUUCCAAAUCACAGAUACCCAACGGUGAAAAAGAACUUCUCUCGGUAUUUGAUUUAGAUAACAUCGUCCUCAUGGGAACUGGAGUUGUGUCUGGGCACAGCGUUGCUCUAGUCUUACGGACCGGAGACGAUGUUCUUAUUGCUGCCAUGUCCAAGGAGCUAGCCCAGAGUCGAGGCCCCAACGCUUUCCAGAAAGGUAUCCGCUACGUUACUUGGAUGCUGCUCGCUUUCAUGAGUGUCAUGGUUCCUAUUGUUUUAGUUGUGUCCGCAAAGACUACAGGAAGUUGGGGAGAUGCCGCUCUCUUCAGUGUCAGCGUUGCUGUUGGCCUUGUUCCCGAAAUGCUCCCUGCUAUUGUCAAUGCCAACCUUGCUCGAGGUGCCUACCUUCUCUCUAAGAAGCGUGCCAUUGUGCGACGUUUGGACUCCGUGCAGAAUUUGGGUGCAAUGACUGUUCUUUGCAGCGACAAGACCGGUACACUCACCAAAGACGAGAUCAGCCUUCACGAUUCGCUCGAUUGCUUUGGCAUCAAGAAUACCGAGGUUCUCAAGCUCGCUACAAUCGAGGCAACUCUUCAAGGGGCUGCUGGCAAUGCUAUGGACGAAGCAAUCAAGACAUACAAACUGCCUAAUGGAUCAUCUGUUCAGACAACCAAGUAUGAGCGCUUCACCACAAUCCCAUUUGAUUUCGAACGACGCCGCUCAUCUUGCAUCGUUUACGGCGUAGCUGGUGGCGCCAUGCUUAUCUGCAAAGGCGCGUUUGAGGAGGUUUUUGCACGCUGUUCGGCCAUACAAAUCUCAGACAAGGUUGCUCCCAUGGAUCACGCUUACAAGAAGCGAAUCAAGGAUCGCGUUAGGCAGAUCAACAACGCCGGCUACCGUGUUUUGCUGGUGGCCACAAAGUCCUUGCCCAAGGCAUUUUUCGAGGAUGAGGAUGCUAUUGAGGAAACGGAAUCAAACAUGAUUGCACAUGGUUUGUUGGCCUUUAUCGAUCCUCCCCGACCUGAUGCUGCGACGUCUAUUGCUCAGCUGAAGCGUCUCGGAGUAGAAGUCAAGGUGCUAACAGGAGAUAAUCUCGCCGUUGCACUCAAUGUCUGCAGAUCUCUUGACUUGGUAUCUGCCCACGAAUCCGUUGAGGAUGGCAUGCAAGCUCUGACUGGCUAUCAGCUUUCACUGAUUGCGGAAACCCCAGAAUUUGACAGAGUUGUCAGGAACUGCAAGGUUUUUGCAAAAGUCACGCCUAGCCAAAAGAAGUCCGUUAUUGCCAGCUUGAGAAAGAAUGGAAACUGCGUCGGUAUGCUCGGUGAUGGUAUGAAUGAUUGCCUUGCGCUCAAGGAAGCAGACGUUGGUAUCUCGGUGGAUUCUGCCGCAGGAGCUGCCAAGGACUGCGCCGACUUCAUCUUGACGGAAAAGGGACUUGGCAUCAUUGCUGACAGCGUUAAUGUCGGACGAUACACUCAUGCCAACACCAUCAAGUACAUCAAGAUGGUUCUGUCGUCCAACUUUGGCAACGUCUUCUCCAUCUUAACUGCUAGCGCAUGGCUCCCCUUCACCCCAAUGUUGAACCUUCAGAUCCUCGCCCAGAACUUGCUCUACGAUGUCAGCCAGAUCGCUAUUCCCUGGGAUAAUGUUGACAAGGAAUAUCUGGAAACCCCCAAGUCCUGGCAACCAUGGGACCUUCUCCGUUUCGUGGUCGUUUUGGGUCCAACAAGUUCGGUCAUCGACAUCUGCACAUUCUGCCUCGGCUGGUUCUUCUACAACAUCAAAACAACGGACGACCCCAACGCCGUCCUCAUGUUUCAGACGCACUGGUUCCUUCAAGGUCUUCUUACGCAGACUCUCAUUGUGCAUAUGUUGCGUACAUCAAAGAUCCCGUUCCUUCAAUCCAGGUCCUCUCUUCCCCUUGGUCUCUCAACAGCCCUGAUCAUGACAAUCGGCUUUGUCUUGCCCUGGAUCCCAACCUUCCAGAAAGCACUGUCUUUUGUUUCGCCCGCUCCAUCAUUUGUGGGCUUCUUGGCUGCAGAACUCUUGGUGUACUGCCUUGAAGUACAAGUCGUUAAAAUGAUUUACAUCAGAAUUUUCAAGACGUGGUUGUAGAGCCAGCACUCUCUGCCUCUUCUGUCGGUUACAAACAGCGCCGACUUCCAGUUACUUUCUUAUGCGUGGCCACUCACAACCACGGCCAAGUCGCAGCAAGCUCUCCAACAGAGCCUUGAUAUUAUUCAAGCGUUUCUUAUUGUUAUCCCAAGCCAGGUCUUGAGCAUAACCAAAAAUAGAUAGAGUGUAAUGUGAUAGACAGUUAAAGAUAGCAAGACAAUUCUAUAUUUUGUUCUCUAAAAACACUAAUUCUUCAAAGGCCUGCUUAUCAAAUCAAAUAUGAUCUACUAUACUCUCUACGCCUUAUAGUCAAUGGAAAAGUCGACAGUCUUGCUAACAUCCCACUGCUCAGUCUUAUCCUUGUCGCCGUUAAUACGAAGAGCCUUGAAAGUCACACGGUAGUCUCCCUUAGGUGCCCACUUGUCGCCGCCCAAGGCACCAUCCCAGUAGAAACCAACUGUACCACGGGUAAGAUAGUCGAGAGAGAGGAAAUCGGCAACGGUCUUAUCAUCCUUUGCGGACUCCAGGGUGACCUUCAUCAUGGGCGAUCCCAAUGCAAGUCUGGCAAGGAGUGUAGGAAUGCCGUCGGCGGGCUUUGCCGUGCCGGGCUUGGGCAACAAGAACUUGCUGCCCUUGGGAAGAGGCUUGAACUCACGGUCUGUCGAGUUGGCAACCCAGCUGCUGCCCUCAGGUAGCGUAGGGAUGGUGUUCAUCGCAACGCCCAUGUACUGGUAAGGCAGGGAGAGUGCUGAGCCGUCUGUACCGUUGACAGUGACCCAGCCGGAGUGGAAAGGCAUCCUCCUGGCUUGCAGGCCCAUGGCAUCUUCUAGAGAAACCUUAAUGGGUGCGGCCUUGCCAGGUUCAACCUUGAUUGUAAGAAGGUCAAAGUUGAGCGAAAUCGAAGACUUGAUACGGUCGUUGGGGAACGGCGACGGCCACUUGGCCUCCUUGUCAAGGAUGUAAACAGAUGCAGCGGGGUUGUGCGAGACAGUGUACUCAACAGCCUCCUCGCCGUUGUUGACAAUCUUAAAUUCAAGAUCCUUGGGCAUGUUGGUGGUAUCGUUGAAGCUGAGCGAUGAAGGUUCCAAGACCGUCUUAGAGUAGGCGGCAUCCCAAGCCUGCACCAAACCAGCACCCUGUUGAGCAACUGGAGCCAGCAUCUUCUCAAAUCCAGUGCCGGGGUUAAACAGUUGAGGGUGAGCAGUUCCGGAGAGCAUGUUACGCAUGGCAAUUGGGUCAACCUUGCCUCCGCGGGCUUCUUGGAUGAGCGCAACAACACCGGCAAGCAUGGGCGUAGACAUGGAAGUACCAGAGGCAACACCGUAGCCGCCAAUCUUGAGAGGCAAAGUGGAAAGAAUGUUACCCCCGGGUCCGCCGAACUGGGGCUUGACGUUCAUCUCGAGCGUAGGACCCCACGAUGUGAAACCACUAAGAGCACCGCCAGUAACGAGGUUCUUGUCAACAGAGACGAUGCGCUCGGCGGUAUCUGGCUGAGCCAUUGUGACUGUAAUCUUCUUCUUUCCUUCAAGAGACUUGACCCAGGCCUCUCCAACUUCGGGGGUGACCAUGGCCGCCGCCUUGAUCUCCU